AGAGUUGGGCACGAGAGCUAAGACAGGCGAGCAGGAGUCUGCAGGAGCUGCUUUUUCCUUUUUUCCUCUCCACCAGAUUAAACCCAAAGUGAGUGAAUGUGAAGCGGAGGCGCUGAACGACACCGAACCAACCGUUCGAGGUGGGCUGAUUGCAGUGAUGUCCAGAUCCACAAAAUCCAUGUCGAGAUCUCGGAGCCGCUCAAGAUCCCGCUCAAGAUCCCGUUCCUCUUCUCAGUCCAGAAGCCGCUCCCGGUCCAGGAAGCACCGCUACAGCUCUAGGUCUCGGUCAAGAUCUCACUCUCCAUUUUAUAACCGGGAGAAGAAAUACCCAAAAGCGUACCAAAACAACCGGGAGUUCCGAGGGUAUAACCGUGGCUUCCGGAGGCCCUAUAACUUCCGAGGCCGUGGAAGGGGCCAGUUUUUUCGUGGACGCUACCAGCGUGGCGGGGGCGGAUAUUACAACAACAACAACAACAAUAACUAUCGCCCAAAYUGGAAAAACUGGAAGCAGUACCCUCAGAAGCAGCAGCAGCAGCAGUUUAACCAUUCACGAGGACGAUCGCACCAUGUGCAGAAGCACUCAGGAAGCCCCCCUCAGGGUCAAUCCCAUCGCUCUGACCGAUCCUCGUCUCCUUUAUCCAGACACUCACAGCGUUCUUCCUCCUCCUCACACUCCUCCUCUCCAAAAUGCCAUCCAGCCUCGAUGGUGGCUAAUCAAAACCUGAAAGAUGUCAACGAGCARCAUCUGGCUUCCAAUGAAGUCCAAAAGGGAGGAGGGGGGGAUGAGGAGCCAGGAGAGCAUGUUGGGGUGUUGGCAGGAGAYGCUAGAGAAGGUGCAGACUGUGGGAAAACUGAGAGGACCUGGCAGAGCCUGACAGACUGCAGCAGUCCAAAGAAAAACAGUCCUGUGGCCAGCACUGCUGUUAUUGUUGGUCAGAGCGGCCAAACUGCUGUUCAGUCUACUCCAACGAAAAUCACAAACGACACCUGCAAUAGCUCCCCCAUGUGGGAGAAGGCAUCUGGUUCUUCCUCAGCAAAAAAGCCUUCAAAUGAAGGUCUAAACUCAAUGCUUCCCAGCUUUGACUUCUUCACUUCUGAGGAUUUCCCAGAUGGAGAUAAAACAGCAAUCUCCAUAGCUUUCAAGAAGUUUCUCGAGGAGCACAACAAAAAAGCUAAAUGUGCUCGGGAAAAUGGGAAGAAAAUAGAGGCAAAUGAUGUGGAUACUGAAAAAGAUAAGUUGAAUUGGAAAUCGUUUUCGGCAGGUGUUUCUGAUUCUGGAAAUGAAAAGCACAGAGAAAACACCGAGAGGGAAAUGUCUCUGAACAGCUUUUUGAAAGCCUCGCCGUUUUUGUCUGCCGAGGUGGAGGAAGACGAUGAGAUGACAUUUAAACCGUCUUCAAAACCCCUCCACAAAGAGUGGCAUAAUGGUGAGGAGACCUUUAAACCAAAGAGCAAAGUCACUCAUUCAGCUCAGAAACUGUUUGAAGCAUGCUUCAGCAAGUGGCAGAAUGCUGCUUUCUCACAGUUCGAACACGACACCGCAGUAGAGGAGACAUAUCGGAGUGAAAAGCAGGAGAAAGCCAUUGCUGCUGCUUUGGCUAAGAGAGAGUUAGCAACAAAGUUUGAAGAAGUGUCUCCAAAAGUGAGCUGUAAAAUGAAAAAGAUGGAAAAAUCUCCAUCUGAUCAGUGUUCGGACCCACCACUGAGACAGAAGUCUGACAGAGAGUCGUUUACAGUUCGAGGGGUUGACUCGCCUCCUAUGGCUUCAAGAACACAGGAAGCAAAAUUUAAUGUAAGAAUGGAUUACAUUGGAGAUAAUCUUACAAGUUCUUCAGAUGUUUUAGCUGAAGAGCGGCAGCUGUCCCAGGACCUCGUGCAGUCCUCAAAAAAACCGCAGGAGUUCCGCUCCAUCUUUCAACAUGUUCAGGUUGCUCAGCCACAGAAGAGCCCCUCUGAACUGUUUGCUCAACACAUUGUCACAAUCGUUCACCACGUCAAAGCCCAACACUUUCCGUCCUCUGGCAUGACUCUGAACGAGCGAUUCACCUUGUACCAAAGGCAAGCUGCAAAGAAGGAAACGAUGAAGCCAAGAAAAAGCCCAGAGAUACACAGGAGAAUUGAUGUGUCACCAAGUGCUUUUAGGAAACACCCUCAGCUUUUCGAGGCGAUGAAAAGCUCAGAGGAUGGGACUUACAAGGAUGCUGCAGAAAACGUUAAAGCGGAUCCAAUGGACCUUCGUUUGGACAUUGAGCGUCGUAAAAAAUAUUCCACGCAUCCUAAAGAUUACAGUCAGGAUCGGGGAAGAGAUGCUGGGAAUUCGCCCGAUUUUGAUCGGGGGAGAUCUGAGGAAAUAUUUUCCAAAUUUUGCAAGAUACCAAAAAAAAAUUACAAGAAGCGAUCUCGCUCAAGUUCAUCUUCUUCCUCCUCGUCUUCCAAAUCCCAAAAAGAUGAACAUUUACAUGACAGUUUUGAGGUGAAGGGUGACUUCUUUAACAAGGCUCAGCUUGAUCAAAGAGAGUCACCAGGAAAUGCUGAAGGAGCACAGCCACCAGGAGGCGUGUUUCAGAAAAUACAAAUCCGUGGGAGGGGUUGGAGCAAAGGCAGUAAUCAAGGAAACAGUUCAUACAGUAGCCAAAUGAACAGGGCAGGAUACCCAGAAAAUGAAGACUGGGAUCCAAAAGUCACUCCCAAGAGCAAAGCAUACUACUUGCACGAUGACAGAGAGUCCACAUGGCUGGAAGCCCAAGAGCGAGGUCAGGGAAGCCUUCUUCAUGGAAGAGCACGAUUCAUCAUCCGAAAGGCCACUGGCAGUACCAACACGAUUAGCCCCAAAUGGACGCAUGAUAAGUUCCAGGCCAAACGGGAGCAAGGGGGCAAAGACAGAGAGGAGACAGAUCAGGACCACAAGGAGGAAGACAUUGAUGGACAGAAUGCUUGAGCAGUCAAGCAAUCAUGAAGAAUCUUAAUAUUGUUUGUGUCUUUAAGAUAGAAAAGAUCCAUUUUAUCCACUAUCAUGCUUCCAUUUCAAAGCAGGAUGCUUAAUUUCAUUCUAUAAAACAACCAUCAGGAGAAUCUUUGUGACUAGUAGAAGCACUGUUUUUGCCUUUUGGUUCAUGUUCUUUCAUUCAGCGUUUUCGUCAACUUUAGAUGUUUUUUUAUUGAGGUGAAGUGCUUAAAGGCUUCUGUAUGUUGAAUCAGUAAAAAAAGUUACAUUACAUCAUAAUCAGACAUUUAGAGAAAAUUUAAAUAAUGUUUUUCUAAGCAUGGACAAUUGUUUUAUUUAACCAGUAGAAUAAAAUAUUGAUUUCCCAUCCAUGCAUUUGAAAAGUGGUGCCUUAUCUAGAUCCACUAAAGAAGCACUGUGUCCACACCCUGAUCUGACAGUGGGACCAAACUCUGCAGGGUCAAAGGUUAUACAACAGUCCAUCAUCACCAAACAUCAACACCAGCUGGAAAUAGAAGAACUGUCAGACUACUUUCAGAUAUUUUGCUUGAUCUUAUGCACCACUUCCAACCAUAAUAAGAAAAACUGAACUUUUGUUGUUGUUUUUUUGUUUGUUUGUUUGUUUGUUUGUUUUUUGCAUGGAAAGACUGGAGUUAGGGUUUUGUAGUAAUUGAAGAUUUGUCUUUAUUGCUUUAAACACUGAAAUAUUUUCAUUAAAGUGAUUGCAAACCUUUGAGUCCAACAUAUUAAUCAGUUAGGUAAGUUGUGUUAACAUUAGUACCUGUGAAAAGCUGGAUUUGAUCUGUCUGUAGUUUGUAACAAACACAAAAAAGAGCUUGAAUAAUACCGUAGUCAUUUAUUGUCAUUUUCUAGAAAGAAACAUUGUUCUUACUUGUAUUUUACAGGCCAAUAAGAUUGUAAUGACCAUGGAACUGUUUAAAGUUUACCUUUCAGAUUGAUGUUGCUUUUCUUGUUGUCACUGUUUUUCAAUGAGGUUGUAAAUUAAAUACACAAAAAUGA